UAAUCAAUUCUCUUUAUCUCAGAAAGCUUCUUCGUCUAUCAAUGGCGUUCAAAAAAAUUGUAGCUCAACGCCUUUUCGAUUCAUAUAAAAUUUCUCGUCCUUCCCUAACAACAUGCCGUAUUUGUUCCUCAACCAUGACCAAAUCGAUGGCUUCUCCUAAUCCUGAAAGGAUAGCUCCAGAUCCCGGCGAGGGUGCUUUUUUCCGUCGGUCUCUCCACCGAAGUUCUUUGUUCCAGUCACUAGCAACCUCGUCGGAGCUCCGGUCGUUUCCCAUCGGUGAAAAGCUCCGUCAGGAAUUGAGAGGGAUGGACAUUGGUAGAGAUAGGAUCAGACUCGAUGGACUCAUCUCACCGCCGCAGCAGAAAUCGUUGUCGGAGAUGGAGUCAGAAUUAGCCGAGGAGGAGAAAUUUACGGUGGCCGAUGCAAAGAAGGUUAUGAGAUUGGCACAGCUUGAGGUGGUGAAAUCGAGGCUAAGGCAGAUGGAGAAUGACUGGAUUUCGUAUCCGGAAUUUUUUCAGAUCUGCAAUGGCGCUUCUUCAAACCCCGAUCAAGCCCUAGAAUUCGCGAAGAUGCUCGAUCAAUCGGGAAUUGUAAUUGUUUUGGGAAACGUCGUAUUCCUUAAGCCUGAUAAGGUGGUGAAAGCCAUGGAAGGCUUAAUGCCAAUGCCUUUGGCUCAGCCAAAUGACCCACAAAUGAUGAAGGAGUUUCAACAAAUGGAUGAGAAGAAAUCAGCUAUUGACAAGAAGGCAGAAUCGUUGGUGCAAAGGGAGUUGUGGUGUGGGCUAGGAUUCUUUGUGAUUCAGACUGCAGCUUUCAUGAGGCUCACUUUCUGGGAGCUAACAUGGGAUGUAAUGGAGCCAAUUUGCUUCUAUGUUACAUCCUUUUACUGCAUGGCUGGUUAUGCUUUCUUCCUUAGGACCUCCAAAGAGCCUACUUAUGAAGGCUUCUUCCACAGCCGCUUUAGCGCAAAACAAAAGAAGCUCAUGAAGCUUCACAAUUUUGAUCUUCAGAGGUACAAUGAACUCCGCAAAGCUUGUGAUCCUCACUCGUCCAUACCUACUGGAAAGAUUUUAACACUUCAUUCAACACCCAUGAUGUCCACAACAUAGAAUGUGGUGAUUUUACAUGAACAUGUUGUGCUUAAGAUGGAUAUUUUUUAGGAAUACUGCAAGAAAGAGGAACCUAAAAUUGGAAAGGACAGAUGAUAUACUUUGCUAAUUUUUUUUUCUUUUACUUGUUUUACUUUUAAGUUAGUGUCGAAUGGAUACUUCGAGCUGAUCCCUGUGGGACUGAGGCGUCGUUGUUGUUGUUUACUAUUACUUUGGACCUAGACUAACUUUGAGUUUAUCUAUGUCACGGCUAAUGUAUAAUAUUAAGCGAAGAGGGCACAGAAAAUUUAUAGAAAAUUCAAACUUGGUUUGCUCA